CUAGGAAACGCGGCCUAGUCGUUUCCCUGCCCUUUUCGAAGCCUCGGAGCGGCAUGGAGUCGCAGCGGCUCCGCGGGCCGGCGCUGGCGGCGCUGCGGGCCAGCGGGAAGGGGCGGCUGCGCUACGGGCCGGAGUGGAGCGCCGAGCUGGGAGAGGACAUCUUGGAGGUCCACCGCUCCCCCGCCUUCCUCUCCCCCCAGGCGGGAUGGAUCCUGGGCCGGAUCGCCCGGUCUCCUCGCGAGGAGGAGGAGACGCCGGAGGGCUCGGCCCGGGGGGAGGCCGCCCUCCCCGAAGCCCUGCCCCUUGCGUCGCCGGGCGGAAGCCCCGCCCCCCGGGCGGAGGCGCCGAGAGACGCGCAGCGCCCCGAGAAGCGGAGGGAUCCACCCAGCGACCCGGAAGCCCCCGCCCCCAAAGGCCCCGGGAUCGAGGGGAUCCUGCGCCUCUACGACCGGAUCCGGGCGGCGGAGGGCGAGGAGGAUCUGCGGCGCCGCCAGGAGAUCCAGGAUCUGGCCAGCCGGGCGGCCUAUGGACAAUCCUGGGAGCUUCUCAAGCGCUUUGACGAGAUGAGAGAGUUGAAGUCCCACCAGGAGUGGCAGGAUCUCCGGCAGGAAGUGGAGAGGAGCUCCAAAGAAGCCCAGGGCCAGCAGGAGAAGCUGAAGGAGGAGCACCAGCGCCGGGCCAAGCUCCUCAGCCGCAAGCUCCGCGAAGCGGAGCAGCGCCGGCUCCGGCAGGAAGAGGCGGAGCUCCAGCGCCGGGAGGCGGGACAAGGCCGCCUCCGCCGCCUCUACGCCGCCCAGGAAGAGCUCCUGCAGGCCAACCGGGGACUCGGGUUCGAGGCCGGCCAGGGAGGCCCCGCCUACGCCCCCUACGCCGAGCGCGGGAACCGGAUCUGCGGGGAGGUGUCGGCCCUGGUGCGGACGGCGAGUGAGAGAGGAUUCCCCGAUCCCGCCGACCUCGCCUCCGCCGACCGGGCCCUCCUGGAAAUGCGCAAUCUCCUUUCCGGCUUGCGGGAAGAGAUCUCCCUCGCCGCCGAGAGGAGGAAGCAGGAAGAGGAAGCCGAAAAAGCGGCGGCGGCCGAGAAGGCGGAAAACGAGAAAAACGAGAAAAUAGCCAGUGGCCAGGAUCCGGAAAAAGCUCCGGUCCCGGAAAGUUCUGGAAAGCUCCGGAAAAACGGGCUCCAGCUGAAGUCCGACGAAAAGACCCUCCAGUGGUACCAGCAGCUCCAGGACCAGUUGGACCAGUGUGUGGAUUCCUUUGCCGGCCUGGCCAAUAGCAAAGACCGCCAGGAAAAGAAGAUCAAGAUGGAUCUCCAGAAAGCCGUCACCACUCCUGUCAGUCAAAUCUCAACCAGAGCAGGAUCCCAGCUGAAGGAGAUCUUUGACAAGAUCCACGCCUUACUCUCCGGGAAACCCGUCCGAUCCGGCGGACAAAGCGUUUCCGUCGCUCUCCACCCGGAAGCCCUCAACUUUUCCUACUACAAACUGGCGGAAAAAUUCGUGAAACAAGGGGAGGAGGAGGUGGCCUCCCACCACCAGGCCGCCUUCCCCAUCGCCGUGGUGGCUUCUGGGAUCUGGGAGCUCCACCCCCCGGUCGGCCACUUCCUGUUGGCCCACCUCCACAGGAAGUGCCCCUACGCCGCCCCCCUGCGGCCGGGGCUCCCGGAGGGGGCGUCGCCCGAGGAGGGGCGGAGGCUCCUGGGCUACCAAUCCCACGACUCGACCCCGGAGCCCCAGGACAACUUCCUCAAGCGCAUGUCCGGAAUGAUCCGCCUCUACGCCGCCAUCUUGACUCUGCGAUGGCCCUACGGGGAUGGGCAGGGGAACCACCCGCACGGACUCAACCAGGCCUGGCGCUGGUUGGCCCAGACUUUGAAUUCGGAGCCAUUGGCCGACGUGACAGCCACCAUCCUCUUCGACUUCCUGGAGGUCUGCGGCAACGCCCUCGUGAAAGUCUACCAGGCCCAAUUUUGGAAGAUGAUCAUCUUGAUCAGAGAGGAAUAUCUGCCAAGGAUCGAAGAGAUCACCAGCACCGGCCAAAUGGGAUCCUUCAUCCGGUUGAAGCAGUUUCUGGAGGAAUGUUUGCGGCGGAACGAAAUUCCCCUCCCCAAGGGAUUCCUCCCCCCGUCCUUUUGGAGGUCGUGACUCCGCCCCCGAUUUUUCCGGAACGUUCCGGGGUCGUUUCCGGGGAAACAGGAAGAA